AUGAUCAGAGGAUGUUUUCGAUUCUCCUUAAUUGCCAGUGCUUCUUGCCAAAGGGGUGCAUUUCCCUCCGUGGACCAUCACUUCACAGUGUCCCCUCGUAGGAAUCAUUCAGAAACAAGUGAAUCACGUACAUCUUUGGAACCAACUCUGAAAUCGUACGAUGAGUUACCGGGAAACUGGAGAAACAAUUGGUUCAAUGCAUUUACUUUCUGGAGGAACAAUGAUAUCAAAAAUACCCACAAUGUCAUGUUAAAUAACUUCAAUAAGUAUGGUCCAAUUUACAGGGAAAGGAUUGGAUAUUACAACAGUGUCAAUAUUAUUAAUCCUGAAGAUGCUGCCAUUUUGUUCAGAGCAGAGGGUAUAUUUCCAGAGAGGUUGAAAAUGAGAGCUUGGAUGGCUUACAGAGACUUCAGGAAAGAAAAUUACGGAGUUCUGUUAAAAAGUGGGGAAGAUUGGAAAAAGAAUCGACUUAUUUUAAAUAAAGCAUUGUUUACACCCCAGAUCACCCAAAAGUUUGUACCUCUUCUCAAUGAAGUGGCACUGGAUUUUGUGUCCAUGACCUACAAAGAGAUCGAGAAAAGCGGAAGGGGUAAAUGGACAAUCGAUCUCUCAAACGAUCUCUUCAAAUUCGCACUCGAAUCCAUCUGCCACAUACUGUAUGGUGAACGCCUCGAUAUACUGCAGGGCCAUCAAAAUGAUGCAUCGCAAAGGUUCAUCGACUCGAUUCCCAUGAUGUUCAAAUCCACAACACCAAUGCUCUAUAUUCCACCAGGUCUAUUGAAGUCAAUCAACUCAAAGGUCUGGCAGGACCACAUAGGUUCUUGGGACAUCAUUUUUGCUCACGCUAAUAACUGUAUACAGAAAUCAUACAGGCAAAUCCAAAAGGGACUCAAAGAAGAUAGAACAUACCCUGGUGUCCUAGCUGAUCUUCUGCUACAGGACAUGCUUCCUCUUGAAGACAUCAGAGCCAGCAUUACAGAGAUCAUGGCAGGCGCGGUCGACACUACAUCCACAACUCUACUGUGGACAAUGUACGAGUUGGCCAAAAAUCCCCACAUUCAGGAGAAUCUACGCAGUGAGGUUGUGGAGGCCAACGAGAAGGCAGGAGGAGACUCCCUGCAGAUGCUGAAACUGUUGCCACUCCUCAGAGCCACGCUGAAGGAAACACUCAGGCUUCAUCCGGUGGCUAUAUCACUACAACGAUACAUAAGUGAAGACAUCGUGUUGCAAAAUUAUCACAUACCAUCCGGGACGUUGGUGCAGCUGGGGUUGUACGCGAUGGGAAGGAACUCGAAGGUAUUUAGCGAUCCUGGGCGAUAUAACCCCGAAAGAUGGCUGACGCCGGGCAGGACCAACUUCAGACAUCUGAGCUUCGGGUUUGGACCCCGCCAAUGCAUCGGGCGCCGAAUCGCAGAGAUGGAAAUGUUGAUCUUCCUGAUUCACAUGCUCCAGAACUUUAAAAUCGAAACUAGCCGGACGGCUGAUGUGAAAGCUACCUUUGACCUCAUUCUUAUCCCUGAGAACCCCAUCAUCCUUGCUUUAAAGCCCAUCAAGUGAAGAGGAAGGGACAUGUUUUUGCAAAAAAGGUUUUCCUUUCAUUAUUCCAAAGGAGAUCACUCAGUUGGGACAAGUGCUGAUUGACCAGAGAUAUACUGAUGUUAGAUCUGCACAUCUACUUCUUUGCAAUUUAGUGAUGUUUAAGUGGCUACAUACCGAUGUGGUGCCACAAGUUUUGUUCAACGGAGACAAGGAUGAGGAAGCACAAUGAACAAACCGUUUCACAGGGAAAUUAAUUUAUUGCCCCCCUCCCCCCUCAAUCUGCCCACAAAAUCCUGUUUGAAUACUUUGCCUUGGUGCUCCAAGUGUCAUGAAAUCUUAAACUCAUUCUGUAUAAAUGGGUUCAUGAUUUUGUUGCACUCUUCCCAGAGCACAGGUUCUCACCAAUUGACACCACCAAGCUGGCAGCAAUCUGGUAAACCAGUUUACAUGGGUAGGAAGGAACUGUAGGUGCUGGAUAUACACCGAAGAUAGGCACAAAAUGCUGGAGUA